AUGGAGUCGCUCUUGAACCAGUCCCGGGCCAUGUGUCCGUUCCUCCAAAAGACGUCCCCCGCCGCCCUGCGCUCGCUUUCGAUGAGCGCCCGCCCCAGCAGCGGGCCUCGAGGCGGCACUAUGUCGAAUCUGCAGGUUAUUGCUCGUCGCUGCCCGGUCAUGAGCAAGGCUUUGGCCGUGCAGAGUUCUCGUCUGGCCUCGAAGCGCUUCACCACUGCCGCUGCUUGUGGCGUGAGCGUCGCCAGGGAACUGAAGAAUCUGGACAGGACUGGCCGCUGCCCGAGAUCCCUGCACACGACUGCAGGGAAUGGGGUCAAUGUUGAAGUCGGCAGCUACGAGAAGAAUGAGCGAAUGCGUCCCGAACUGCAGGCCAAGUCUCCGAGAAAUACCGUCAACAAGCUCGAUGCGCUCUUCACUGGCCCUCUUCCGGGAACCCCCGCUGCGUCUAAAUUUGACUACGAGGAUUUCUACAAAAAUGAAUUGGACAAGAAGCACAAGGACAAGUCGUACCGGUACUUUAACAACAUCAAUCGGUUAGCCAAGGAGUUUCCCUGCGCCCAUAUGGCGGCGCCUGAGGAAAAGGUUACUGUUUGGUGCUCCAACGACUAUCUUGGAAUGGGACGGAACCCCGAAGUUUUGAAGGAAAUGCAUCAAACCCUUGACCACUACGGAGCUGGUGCUGGUGGUACCCGCAACAUUUCCGGUCAUAAUAGACAUGCUGUGAAGCUGGAGAAAACACUAGCGAAACUGCAUUCGAAAGAAGCAGCGCUGGUGUUUAGUUCAUGCUACGUCGCCAAUGACGCUACCCUGGCAACUUUGGGAAGUAAAUUACCAGACUGUGUGAUUCUCUCGGACAGUUUGAAUCAUGCAUCCAUGAUUCAGGGUAUCAGACAUUCGGGUGCCAAGAAAUUGGUUUUCAAGCACAAUGAUCUAGCUGACCUUGAAGCCAAGCUGGCUUCGCUACCCCCUGACGUUCCAAAGAUCAUCGCAUUCGAAUCCGUGUACAGCAUGUGCGGAUCUAUUGCACCUAUUGAAAAGAUCUGCGAUCUAGCUGAUAAAUAUGGUGCACUUACCUUCUUAGACGAGGUCCAUGCUGUUGGCAUGUACGGCCCGCACGGCGCCGGUGUAGCAGAGCAUCUUGACUAUGACGUUUACGCUUCUCAAGAUAGCAGCUCUCCACUUAGUACCAAGGGAACAGUCAUGGAUCGAAUUGACAUCAUCACCGGAACUUUAGGCAAAGCUUAUGGGUGCGUUGGUGGUUAUAUUGCCGGUUCUGCUAAAUUGGUGGAUACAAUUCGAUCGUUGGCCCCUGGUUUUAUUUUCACGACAUCCUUACCUCCUGCCAUAAUGGCUGGUGCGAACGCUGCAAUUGAGUAUCAAUCUCAUUAUCAGCGCGAUAGGGUCCUACAACAGCUUCAUACUAUGGCGGUAAAGGAUGCAUUCAAGGAGAUGAACAUUCCCGUCAUUCCCAACCCGUCGCAUAUUGUGCCUCUGCUAGUGGGUGACGCGGAGCUUGCCAAGCAAGCUUCCGAUAUGUUAUUAGAAGACCAUGGUAUUUACGUCCAAGCUAUCAACUAUCCGACCGUGCCACGCGGCGAGGAGCGUCUACGCAUUACACCCACUCCCGGUCAUGUCAAGGCAUACCGCAGCCAUCUCGUGCAGGCUGUAGACAACGUCUGGAACCGACUGGGCCUCAAGCGUACGAGUGAAUGGAAAGCUCAAGGCGGAUUCGUCGGUGUUGGCGUUGACGGGGCCGAAUCCGAGAACUCGCCUAUCUGGCAAUCCUCUCAGCUUGGUUUGAAGGAGAACGAAUCUGUCGAAGCUGCCGUAUCUCGCGAGUUCCAGCAACAGGCUCUCGAAGAGAAACAGCAGCUGGCAAGCAUCCAGCGCAUGCAGACCGGCGGCGCACCAGCCCAGGCCGCUGCCCCGAUCUUCGGAACUCGCGUUGAGGUUGCUGCCUAA